AAUUCUCAAAUGCAAACCCUCAUUCUGCUCAUUCAAACAUCAAACCCACUUUCUUUGCUGCAAGAAAAGCUAUUUUCGCUCUCCGUACCACAAUACUUUUCUCAGUUCCCGAACACUCUUUUCUUUAACUCCCAUUCCCAUGGAAGAUCUGCAAUUCGACCCCGUUUUCCAAGAGGCAAAAACCCCAAUUUCUUGGGUUCCUGAUUCCGACAGAGUUCAACAGCCAAAUCCAGAUCUCAAAGAUUCUUCCUUGGGCGAGGUUGAUGAGUCUUUGGUGGAUUCGAUGCUUUGUGAUUCGGGUUCAAGACUAAUCCCUUCCGGAUUAUCAAGAUCCAACUCUACAGACGAAUAUGUGAUGUUUGUGAAUGCUGGAGGUGAUGCUUCAAAUGAAACAGAUUCUAGUGUGAAGUUUCUCGCCGACACUUACUUUGAGGGAGGGAAUGUUUUACGAACCAAUGAACAUAUAAAUGAUGGGGGGGAUUAUCCAUUCAUCUAUCAGUCAGCCCGAGUAGGGAACUUCUACUACCAGUUCAAUUGUCUUCCUCCUGGAUACUAUUACGUUGAUAUUCAUUUCACUGAAAUCAUAAACACAAAUGGGCCUAAAGGAAUGAGGGUAUUUAAUGUAUUCAUCCAGGAAGAAAAGGUCCUAUCAGACUUCGAUAUCUUUGCGGUUGUUGGAGCCAAUAAGCCCUUACAAUUAGUUGAUUCAAGGGUCUCUGUGAAGGAGGAUGGAGUAGUUGUGAUAAGAUUUGAAGGGGUUAAUGGAAGCCCCGUCGUUAGUGGAAUUGGAAUUAGGAGAGCACCAAAUGUUUCAGUUCCAAAGCUGGUGGUGGAACACUUUAAAUGUAACAACUGUGAUGCUGAAAUAGAAGUUCCUUCAGCUCAGAUGAAAUUAAUGCAAACAAAGUCCACUGCCAAAUAUGAGAAGAAGAUACAAGAGCUUACCACUCAGUGCCAACUUAAAACAAAAGAAUGCUAUGAGGCAUGGAUGUCUUUGACUGCAGCAAAUGAGGAGCUGGACAAGGUCAUGAUGGAUCUUGACAAUGUGACAUUUAGGACACUGUCUCAAGAUCAAACCAUUCAGAAACAAGCUGAAGAUAUAAAGAACAUUUCUAGUAGGUAUGAGCGUGAUAAGAAGUACUGGACAAUAGCAGUCAAUGACUUACAAGAAAAGAUUAAGCUGAUGCAUGAGGAGCAUUUGCAUCUUUCUCGCGAGGCACAUGAAUGUACAGAUUCAAUUCCCGAGUUGAAUAAAAUGAUUUUUGCAGUUCAAGCAUUGGUUGCUGAGUGUGAAGAUCUUAAAGUGAAGUACAACGAAGAGCAAGCUAAGAGAAAAAAGCUCUUUAAUGAGGUUCAGGAGGCUAAAGGGAAUAUCAGGGUAUUUUGCCGCUGCCGCCCAUUAAGUAAGGAGGAGAUGGCAGCUGGGUGUAAAGCAGUUGUAGACUUUGAGGCAGCAAAGGAUGGAUAUCUUGGAUUCCUGACGGGAGGCUCCACUAAAAGGUCUUUUAAAUUUGAUCGAGUGUACACACCGAAAGAUGAUCAAGUGGAUGUUUUUGUGGAUGCUUCCCCCAUGGUGGUUUCAGUUCUAGACGGUUACAAUGUAUGUAUAUUUGCUUAUGGACAAACAGGGACAGGAAAGACAUUCACAAUGGAGGGCACUGAACAGAAUAGGGGAGUCAAUUAUAGGACUCUAGAGCAGUUGUUUGAAAUUGCAAAGGAACGAAGUGAAACUUUUUCAUACAGCAUAUCUGUUAGCGUACUUGAAGUUUACAAUGAGCAGAUUAGGGACUUGUUAGCUACAUCACCAUCAUCGAAGAGGUUGGAGAUAAAACAGGCUUCUGAAGGGUGUCAUCACGUUCCAGGGAUAGUAGAAGCCAAAGUUGAAAAUAUUAAGGAAGUGUGGAGUGUACUGCAGGCUGGAAGCAAUGCUAGAGCUAUAGGAAGUAAUAAUGUUAAUGAGCACAGCAGCCGAUCUCAUUGCUUGCUUUCCAUAAUGGUAAGAUCAAAGAACUUGAUAAAUGGAGAGUGCACCAAGAGCAAGCUUUGGUUAGUGGAUUUGGCAGGCAGUGAGAGGCUUGCAAAAACUGAUGUACAAGGAGAGCGACUAAAGGAAGCUCAAAAUAUCAAUAGAUCCCUUUCAGCUCUUGGAGAUGUGAUAUCUGCUCUUGCAAAUAAAAGUAGUCACAUUCCUUACAGGAACUCUAAGUUGACACAUCUACUUCAAGAUUCAUUAGGAGGUGACUCUAAAACUUUGAUGUUUGUGCAAAUAAGCCCUUCAGACCAGGAUUUGGGUGAGACUCUGAGUUCUUUAAAUUUUGCAACAAGGGUUCGGGGAAUUGAGUUGGGUCCUGCGAAGAAGCAAGUUGACACAAGUGAGCUCCAGAAAACAAAAGUCAUGCUUGAAAAAGCAAGGCAGGAAGCAAGAUCCAAAGAUGAAUCUCUAAGGAAGCUAGAAGAGAGCUUACAAAACUUGGAGAGUAAGACCAAAGGAAAAGAUCAAAUCUACAAAAACCAACAAGAAAAGAUCAAAGAACUUGAAGGGACACUUGAGUUGAAGACAGCCUUGCACAGCCAGUUAGAGAAGCAAGUUUCACAACUUUCAGAUAGAUUGAGGGGGAAGGAAGAAAUCUGCUGCAGUCUCCAACAAAAGGUCAAAGAGUUGGAGGUUGAGCUCAGAGAAAGACACAAGUCAGACUCAGAAUAUGCAUCUUUGCAACAAAAGGUUAAGGAUCUUGAAAACCAACUGAAAGAUCAAAUGCAAGAGUCUGAGUUUCAAUCCACCAUUCUUCAACACAAGGUAAAGGAGCUCGAGAUAAAACUGAAAGACCAGGAACAAAAAUCAGACUCCUCCGCACUUCAUCAAAAGAUUAAGGAACUUCAAGACAAGUUGAGGGAGCAAGAGAAACAAUCAGAGUUUGCUGAUGCAGUAAGGGCCACUCCUAAUGAAGGAAAGACCUGCAUAAGAGAUGAAAUCAUGAAUGAUGCUGAGGCUUGCAUCUUAAGGAGUUCGAAUUCACUAAAUCGUCCAAUGAGUCAAGGGUCUAUAUCACUAAGAGGGAAUGAUUCUGUCCGUGAGAUGAGAAGGAAAAGAGAGUUUAAAAGUGGUGAGACGGAGAACAUCAUUAGGCUACCAAAUUCUUUUAAUGAUAACAAAGUUAGGAAAUCCGACCCACCGAAGAUUGCAAGAAUUACAAGAACAGCAAAGCCAGCCACUGCUACUCAAGGGCCAUCGGUUAAUAGGAGGUUUAGCAGAGAUCAGAUUCAAGUUAAGGAGAGGGAUACUGCGAAGAAAAUCUGGUCAAGAUAGUGAAGAAGAAAAAAAACAUCAACUUUCUGUAUGUUUUCUUUUUAUUUAUGUGUACAUAUAUGCAUACACAUAGAGUACUUCUGCAUUAUGUUGUCAACAUAUUACUUUUCUCGUACUAUCUUUGCGUGACAUUAGAAAUUCAUUCAUUAAUGAUUUUUUUUUUUUUCAUUCAGUGUACGGCUAGAGUUUCUGUUGGUUUUCCGGAUGUAUUUGUGUUUGUUUUCCUUUGUUGACCUCUCUGUAAUACCUUUGAGUGUGAAGUGGAAUAUAUUUGAUAUUUUAGUUA